ACGUACGAAAAUAGAGUCCAUCUGGCUGGUUUACCACCCCGUCUACUAGGCAACAGCGGCCGCCCUUCUCAGCCAAAGAUUAACGAAGAGUUGCAGUUUACAAACUAUCUAGCGUUCGUUUGCCAUCGUUGGGAAUAUUUUGAAUUGUUGCGUUGAGAUUGGUCUCAAAAUUCGUUUUUAAUAACUAGUGUUUAAGAAGGAGCAUUUAGUAACUCGCUUGCGUGCGUCACAUAUUUAGGUAGAUUGCUAGCUAUCAUUUGUGUUUCUUUUUUGUUUUGGACAUUUUUACUGGUUUACUAGCUCGCUUUUUUAAAGAAAGUUGUUUGUAUUUAGAUGGCAAGCUUCCCAGAUUGUGUAAACGAAAAUGAAAUAGGCAAGGCCAAGUUGAUUGGGGAACUUCCAGCGCCAGUUGCUGCUUUUGACCAAAAGUCUGGGCGGGAGACUUGGACUGUGGCCUUUGCUCCAGAUGGUUCUUACUUCGCUUGGUCUCAAGGGCACCGCAUCGUGAGGCUGGUUCCGUGGACAAAAUGUUUGAAAAGCUUCUCUGCGGGAGAUGGGAGCCAGUCGAGCAGGGUGAGGACCAGGCAGCGGUCGCGGAAAGGCAGUGAGACGCAGCUGCCCCAGAAUGUGCCCUGCGAACACACCAUCAACUGCGGCGACACCGUGUGGGGGCUGGCCUUCGGCUCGUCUGUGCCCGAGAAGCCCAGCCGCUGCGUCAAUGUGGAGUGGCACCGCUUCAAGUUCGGCCAGGACCAGCUGCUGCUCGCCACUGGCCUGAACAACGGCCGCAUCAAGAUCUGGGAUGUCUACACCGGCCGGCUGCUGCUGAACUUGCUGGACCACACGGACAUGGUGCGCGACCUGGCCUUCGCUCCCGAUGGCAGCCUCAUGCUGGUGUCUGCCUCCCAAGACAGAACUCUCCGUGUGUGGGACCUGAAGGACGAUGGUAACAUGGUGAAGGUGCUGAGGGGCCACCAGAAGCCGGUGAACUGCUGUGCUUUCUCUCCCGACUCCUCAGUGCUGUGCUCUGUGGGUGCCGGUAAAGCGGUGUGUCUCUGGGACAUGGAUAAGUACACUCUGAUCCGCAAGUUGGAGGGCCACCAUAACGACGUGGUGUCCUGCGACUUCUCUCCGGACGGGGCCCUCCUGGCCACGGCGUCCUACGACACCCGCGUCAUCGUGUGGGACCCCCACCUGGGCACCGUGCUGAGGGAGUUUGGGCACCUGUUUCCUCCACCCUCGCCUAUUUUUGCUGGGGGAGCCAACGACCGCUGGGUGCGCUCUGUGGCCUUCUGUCACGAUGGGCUUCACCUCGCCAGUGUUGCAGAUGACCGGCUGAUCCGUAUCUGGAGCCUGGAAGAGAAGGCCCCCCAGGCUGUAGCCCCCCUCUCCCGUGGCCUGUGCUGUGCCUUCUCCACCGACGGGAACGUGCUGGCUGCAGGGUCUCGGGACGGCAGCGUGUGCCUCUGGGCGUCUCCGUGCAGCGUGGCCAGCCUGCAGCACCUGUGUCGCAUGGCCGUGAGGAGAGUCAUGCCCACACAGCGGGUGAACACGCUGCCCAUCCCGCCGCCCAUGGUGGACUACCUGACCUACAGGCUCAUCUAAGCCGCAUCCGCUUCCCUUUACGGAAAAGAACGCCCGCGAGAAGAUGAGGGACAGCUCAUUUAGUGUUCAGAGCCAUACUGUAUUUCUGUGAGGUCACACAUUUAUAUCAGUUCAAUUUUAUUAACGUUUUUAUUUUUGUGCGUCAUGGCCACGGCAAUUUCAAUCAGUCUUUAUUUUUUUGAAGCUGGUGAUUAGUGGUUCCAGAUCCAGAGGUCAACCAGCUGUGUGGAUGUUAAGUCCUCCUUUAUGCUUAAAAAAAAAAAAAAAAAAAAAAUUGAAACCCGAGAAGUACAAAGCAGUACGGUUUGCAGUUGUUGGGACGUUAAACUUGAAUGCAAACCCCAGGUGCUACAGUCACAGAGGGGUCUGGAUGUGUCUCGUUGUGUGCUGUUGUAUACGUACGCGCUCCCAACCUGUUGGAGCAGGCUUACUGAUUCAGAUUCACGCUCCAUCCGAGUGCCUUUGAAAUCUACAGUAGCACUUGACACUUAUGGCUGGCUCAUCCAAGGCUGAAUCACUGAAUUCUAAUGAAUCUCUAUUGUCAGCCUUGAGAUUUGGCCUAUCUGGGUUUUUUUGUCCUGUGUCUCUAUGUUUUUUUUUGUUUGUUUGUUUGUUUGUUUGUUUUUUUGCAUGUCAAUCUGUGAGGAUUAUUCUGUUAAUAUGUAAUUUUUGUUUGGACAUACAUAUUUGUAAAAACUUUUGUGUAUAUUGUUGAGCAUUCCCAAUGAAAAAUGAGGUAAAUGAGUGGUAUUCUUUACUGAAGUGAUCUGACCUGUCGGGGUGUCCCAUAGAAAUGUGCUGUUCACUGUGACUCAGAAUAACACCUGAUUCACUUGCAUGAGAGCUCUACACAUCAAUAUAGCAUCGGGAUUUUUGCUACAGUUUCCAAAAAAGUUUGUUUCAGCUAUACUGCUGCACACAUGCGCAUUUGUAUGUCUUUUGUCACCAUAUCACAGAUUGGGGGGUAUGAAUGAAUGCAUGCAUGCACAUUGAGAGAUGGUAUGUGCAGGUUUUUUAGUUGUUAAAUGUUGGGAAGGCUAUAAAAGCUGCAAGGCAAUGUAGUUUCAUGAAAUGUUCGUGUGAUUCAGUGUUUUUGUUGUACUCUGAGCCAAAUGAGAAACCCCAUCACCACCUGGAAAUAAUUCUGACAAACUGGACUGUUUUCUGGCUGAAAUGAAUUGCCAAAGUUAUUGAGGUUGUGUCUUGUGAGCUGCAGGCAAAUGUUGGAUUUUGGACCGGUCGGUGAGUGUAGGUUUAAUCUUUUAACCCCUCUCAUUGAGAAGAGCAAGAGAGGACUAGGAAUAGCCCCUGAAUCACUACAAUCAACACCUGAAGCUACAGAAAGUACACAAACAAAUGGGCUUUCCUGAAAAUGGAGGCAUUUUGAGCGUCUGAUAUUUAUGGUUUUUCUAGUAUUGUAUGUCUCGUAUAUUUAAUUUUCUACAUCCAUUUCUCUUGACAGAUUUGUUUUUGAUGCUUGGAAUGUUUGAAAAUGUUGCCGUAUGUGAUUAGUACAUUGUGUGAUCAAAGAUCAAGGCACAUUUCCACUGCAUUGUUGCCCUUAUUCCUCUUAUAUCCUUGCUCAGGGUGCUGCAAGCAAUAAAAUGGAAAUGUUCAGAA